AUGGAAAAGCUCACUGCUAUGCUGAAGGAUCCACAAUAUAGACUGGAGACUCUGAGGCUGUCAGACUGUCUGGUCAAAGAAAACGAGUGGGAUUCUCUGGUCUCAGUUCUGAAGACAAACUCCUCACACCUGAAAGAACUGGAUCUGAGUAACAACAACCUGAAGGAUUCAGCAGUGGAGAAGCUCUCUGCUUGGCUAAAGGAACCACAAUGCAGAUUGGAGACUCUGAGGUUGUCAGGCUGUCUGGUCAAAGAGAAAGAAUGGAAUUAUUUGGUAUCAGCUCUGGAGGAAAACCCCUUACACCUGAAAGAACUGGAUCUGAGCAUGAAUCACCCAGGAGACUCAGGAGUCAUACGCCUGUCUGCUGGACUGAAGGAUCCACGCUGGAGACUGGAGAAACUCAAACUGUCAGGUUGUGGAAUCACUGAGGACGGCUGUGUAUCUUUGGUCUCAGCUCUGAAGUCAAACCCCUCACAACUGAAAGAGCUGGAUCUGAGUCACAACGAUCUGAAUAAUUCAGGAGUGAAAAUGCUCUCUGCUUUGCUGAAGGAUCCACAAUGUAGACUGAAGACUCUUAGACUGUCAGGAUGUGAAAUCACUGAGAAAGGUGGUGGUUCUCUGGUCUCAGCUCUGAAGUCAAACCCCUCACAUCUGAUAGAGCUGGAUCAGAGUAAUAAUGUCCUUAUGGAUUCAGGAGUGAAGCUGCUCUCUGCUAUGUUGGAUGAUCCACAAUGUAGACUGGAGACUCUGAGGUUGUCAGGCUGUCUGGUCAAAAAGGAAAACUGGGAUUCUCUGGUCUCGGCUCUGAUUGCAAACCCCUCCCACCUGAAAGAACUGGAUCUGAGCUUGAAUCACCCAGGAGACGUGGGAUUGAAACUGCUCUCUGCUGGACUGAAGGAUCUACGCUGGAGACUGGAGAAACUCAAGUAUGUCCUGUAG